GGCAAGCCCCGCGGCUAGCCUGGCCGAGGCGCGAGGCCCUCCUCCCGUCUCUCCGCCUACUCCAACCUCCGCCGCCUCAGCAUCCCGAGCGAGCCUUGUGGCCGCCGGAACAGCUCCCGCGGCGGAGCAGGAGCCGGAUGGUCAGAGGAGCCCGGCAGUCCCAGCAGCCGCGGAGUCGCCUGGCCCCCAGACUGACUGGCACAGUGGAGAAACCACCUCGAAAAAGGAAAAGCAGGACUGAAUUUACUCUUAAAGAAACCAUGUCCUCUGGAGGUGCUGAAGAUGACAUCCCACAGGGAGAGCGGAAGACAGUUACAGAUUUCUGUUAUCUUUUGGAUAAAUCGAAGCAGCUGUUCAAUGGGUUAAGAGAUUUGCCGCAGUACGGACAGAAGCAGUGGCAGUCCUACUUUGGAAGAACUUUUGAUGUUUACACCAAACUCUGGAAAUUCCAGCAACAGCAUCGACAAGUCUUGGAUAAUCGGUACGGUUUGAAGCGGUGGCAAAUAGGGGAAAUUGCUUCCAAGAUUGGGCAGCUGUAUUACCACUAUUAUUUACGAACAUCUGAGACCAGCUAUCUGAAUGAGGCUUUCUCUUUCUACUCUGCGAUCAGACAGAGAUCAUACUACUCUCAAGUUAAUAAAGAGGACAGGCCUGAGUUGGUUGUUAAGAAACUCCGAUACUAUGCAAGAUUUAUAGUAGUUUGUCUUCUUCUUAACAAAAUGGAUGUAGUGAAAGAUCUGGUAAAGGAAUUAUCUGAUGAAAUUGAAGAUUAUACUCAUCGCUUUAAUACUGAAGAUCAAGUAGAGUGGAACCUGGUGCUUCAAGAGGUAGCAGCAUUUAUUGAGGCGGACCCUGUGAUGGUGUUAAAUGAUGAUAACACCAUUGUUAUCACAUCCAAUCGCCUCGCUGAAACAGGAGCUCCAUUGCUGGAGCAAGGCAUGAUUGUGGGACAGUUGUCUCUAGCUGAUGCACUCAUUAUUGGUAAUUGUAAUAAUCAGGUUAAAUUCAGUGAAUUAACUGUUGACAUGUUCCGGAUGUUGCAAGCCUUGGAGAGGGAGCCAAUGAAUUUAGCAUCCCAGAUGAAUAAACCAGGAAUCCAGGAAUCAGCUGACAAACCUGCCAGACGAGAAAACCCCCACAAGUAUCUGCUCUACAAACCAACCUUCAGCCAGCUGUAUACUUUCUUAGCAGCAUCUUUUAAGGAGCUGCCUGCCAAUAGUGUGCUUCUGAUUUACCUGUCAGCCACUGGCGUUUUCCCCACAGGUCGUUCUGAUGGUGAAGGUCCUUACGACUUUGGAGGUGUACUUACUAAUAGUAACCGGGACAUUAUAAAUGGAGAUGCAAUCCACAAACGAAAUCAGUCCCACAAGGAAAUGCACUGCCUUCAUCCUGGAGACCUCUAUCCAUUCACAAGGAAACCCAUGUUCAUCAUCGUGGACUCCUCCAAUAGUGUUGCCUAUAAGAAUUUCACAAACUUAUUUGGACAGCCACUCGUCUGCUUGCUUUCUCCCACGGCAUAUCCAAAAGCUUUGCAAGAUCAGUCUCAGCGAGGUAGCCUCUUCACUCUCUUUUUGAACAAUCCUCUAAUGGCCUUCCUAUUUGUGUCUGGAUUGUCAAGCAUGCGUAGAGGCCUGUGGGAAAAGUGUCAAGAAUAUCUUCGAAAAAUCAACCGUGAUAUUGCCCAGCUACUGACCCAUUCACGUUCCAUAGAUCAGGCCUUUCUCCAGUUUUUUGGAGAUGAGUUUCUUCGAUUGCUUCUCACAAGGUUUGUCUUCUGUUCAGCCACCAUGAGGAUGCACAAGGCCUUUCGGGAAACUCGAAAUUACCCAGAAUCCUACCCACAACUGCCAAGGGAUGAAACUGUUGAGAAUCCUCACCUUCAGAAGCAUAUUUUAGAAUUGGCCUCCAUUCUGGAUGUUCGGAACAUCUUCUUUGAGAAUUCUAUGGACGACUAUUAAAACCCUCUUGUUUAACAGUUUUCAUCUUCCACAGGUUUUAAACGGUGCAGUUUUUAUGUAAUGACAGAGACCGUUACUCAGUUUUUUGUUUUUGUUUGGUUUGGUUUUUUGUGUAAAUUUAGGAACUACCAUUUUAAAGGCAAACUGAAAAAAAGUUCAAACUUUUAGGAUAACUUUUAAAAUAUAAUUUUUCAAGUCUUUUAAAGUCUCAAUCUUGAAAUUUUUAUUUUUUGGUUUUGAAAUUAGAUACUUACCUCCAACAUCUAAUCCUACAUUCAGAUAGGUACUAUUGCCUCCCUAAGAAGAAUAAAUUGUUUAUUUUUACAUAAUGAGAAUAAUCCAAAAGUUAAAUUUUCAAUUGGAAUUUUGAGGUUACAGAGCUUACUUAGAAUGUGAAUAUAUUAUCAUGAGAUUUGUUUGUAUAUUGUAUUUUCUUUGUGGUCUUGAAUGCUGGAAAUAUAAAGGAAAAUACUUCUAAAUAUUUCAGCCAAAAAAUCAAGUCGGUGGUUUCAUAAUCCUGUACUAUCUCCAGUAGGAUUUCUACAUAGACUAUUCAUUAGCAAUAUCAGGCUUUAAAUUGUAUCUUGAUGGAUUCAUUGGUAUACUCACUGCACAGUUCCUAAUUCUUUUUCAUAUUCGAGUUUCCAAGGCAUCAAUGUCAGAUACUGUCAAUGUGAAUUGAGGAUAACUGGUUUACUGGAAAGUAAAUUGUGAGUUGGUUUUACAUUUGACAAUUUGGAAGUAAGAUAUUAAAACUCCCUAUGUUUUGUUA